AUGCGCGAGGCAGUCUCAGUUCGAGAACGGCCUGCCGCUUCUCCGCUGCAGGGGGAGUCGCGCAACGCCGCAGUCUCCCGCGGUCUCCCGCGAUGGUUAAAAUCACGAUGUAGGGGGCAAACGUUGGAGCUGCUCGCUGCCGCGCUCGGCGCUUCUCUCUCGCUGUUUUUCCUCUCUGACUGGCCUGCUGGGCCGCCCGUCAUCUCAGCCGCCGCGCAGCCGCGGGCAAACGGGUCUGCGUCUGCUCUCGAAGCCGCCGAAUCCGCCAGAAGGCUUCAAGUUGAGAAGCUGAAACCUGCCACUCGCUCGCCUCCGCUGGGGCAUCAUGCGGCUGCCGAGGCGACCGCGAGACUCGACCCGAGCGCGCGCGCUUUGCCGUCCGUUUCUUUGCUCUUCGCGCGAAAGUUCAGCGGAAGAGCCGCGGAUGAGGCACAGCGGUGGGAGAGGCACGAAUUGAGUCCUGGCGAGCCCAGACUUCAAGUUGGCGGCGCUGGCGGGACCGAGGGCAGAGGCCACGAUGAACCGAAAGCCGCAGCAGGCGAGCACCAGAACGCGCAGAAAGUCUGCCCUUCUGAUGCGCCUCUGCGCACGCUCUUCGCACACAUGCAUGCCGUCGCAGACCGUCGUCGAGAGCGAGAGGCGCGCGCGCGCCUCGUCGACCCCAGCGAGACUCUUCUUGUCCUGUGGGAUGCGGAGUGCCUCGCGCAGCUUCCCCGCCGCGUGGCGGCCCUAGCCGCGCAAUUGGACGCGGAGGAACGGGAUCUCGACGCGAUUCCGCUUCUCGGCGUCGAGAGCGAGAGGCCCUCCGCACCUCGCAGCUCCUUCUCCGCGCGCUCCGCUGCGCCUCCUCGCCAGCCAGCCGUUGUCUUUCGCAAGGGCGUUUUCUUCAGAGACCACGCAGCCGACCUCCGCCGCAGUGACCUGUCCGACGCCGCGCUCGAGGGCCGUGCGCUCGCCCUAAGCAUCCUCGCAGGCGCGCUUGGCGUGCGAGUCUCCGCGAAACUGGAAAAAGACGCUGCGCGAGAGGAACCGCCGGAAACAAAAAGCAGCGAGGACAGGGAGGACCCGGAGGACCCAGCUGCAUGCACAGCAGCGUGCAAACGCCUGAGGCGUCACUUCCUCUCCGCAGCCGCGAGGAUGCGCGCGUCGCUGUACACAGCCUUUCACAUCGAUGUGCUGCACAUCACUAACCUCCCUGCCGUCAUGGCCCGUUUAGGCCUCGCGACGGCGUCGGCGCUGCCGGCAUACCUGGCGCAGGCGCAUCUGCGUAUGCAUGCGAACCGCGCGAAAUUCGCAGAGGCCGCCCGGUGCAUGCAGAGCGUCUCGCCCGACUCUCCAGGCACGCCGCAGACUGCCCACGUCGAGGAAGGCCUCGUGAAAAACCCCGACUUUGAAAAGCAGUGGCAUCACUUGAGCGAGGUCGCGAACUUCUCCCUCUGGGCUGACAAAGCGUGGAGGGAGCUGCCGCCGCAAUCAGAAAGUCAGGUACCAGUUGUCGCCUUGAUCGAUACGGGCUGCGCCAAGCACGAGGACUACUGGAACACGCGGGAGAAGACAAGCGACGUCCUCUGGAAAAACGAAAACGAAGACUGCGAAAACGGACUCGACGACGACGAGAACGGCUACGUCGAUGACUGCUGGGGAUGGAAUUUCGCCGGCAACGAUAAGGAUGUCUUCGUCGACGACUCUGCGCAUGGAACGACCAUGGCGUCUCUGCUGGCGGCGAAGCGCCACGACGCCCAGCGCGGCGUCGGCGUGAUGAAGUUCGGCAAAGUCAUGUGCCUCAAAGCGGGCGCCAAAGGACGAAUCUACGCGAGCGCCGCCAUCGCGGCCAUUCAGUACGCCAUCCACCAAGGCGCAAAAAUCAGCGUCUUCGCGCACACCUUCUCCCAGAAGUCCGCGGCGCUCGAGGCCGUCUUCCAGUCCCUGGAGAAGCGAGAUCACUUGGUCGUCGCCAGUGCGGGGCUCGGGUCCUGCGAUCUCGAUGCAGACGAAGACUGCCGACUGUAUCCGGCGGCGUUUGCGCUUCCGAGUCUCCUCGUCGUCGGCGCGAGCAAGCUGACUGGCGGCGUCUGCUGCUCGAGCAACUGGGGCAAGAAGGCGGUGCAUGUCUUCGCGCCGGGGAAUCGCCUCUGGACAGGCACGAAUGUUGAUCACGCACGGCAGACGACGAACUGCGCGACGUGCGCGGCCUUUGCCUUUGGGUCCUCGGGCGCGGCAGCUCUGACGGCAGGCGCCGCCGCGAUGGUCUGGGGCUACCUGCGGCACGCGAAGCCCAUCGGAUGGACUUCCUCGAAAGAUAGAGAAAGCGUCCGCGUGAAAAAGGCCCUCGUGUACGGGUCGACGCCUUCUCGCCGGCUGGCAGGUGCGUGCGAAGCGAACGGGAUUGUCAACAUAUACAAGGCGAUGCAUUACUACGACUCCGUUCCUGCCCCGUUCAAGCCUGAGUUCGCCGACUACCCUUCGAUCUUCCAACUCAACUUCCCCCCCUUCUUCAAGUCUACGUCGCUGCCUGCCUACACGGCCACGAUCGCAACUCUCCUCAUCGCUGCGACAUCCGCCUCGCUCGCUGUGUGUGAACUGUCGCUGCUCGUCUCCUGA